UCACUAAAGAAGCGAAAUGUUUCUCAAGAUUUUCCUACUAACAGUGGCCGCCAGGGCUUGCACGAGCCUAGUUCCGAACAGUUUUGAAGCCACCGUCGGAUGUCUCCAGUACAACGCCCACGCGGAUUAUAACUAUGACCACCCGUACUUUGCGACGGCCAGUUGGCGAAAUAUUAAAUCGACUGCGGGAGUCAUCAGAAUGCGGAUGGGCGUCAGCGGGAACAAAAGUGGCUACAUCAGGCUGGCUCCAACCGUAAGACCCUUCGACGAAACAACAAUGCAUGAAAUUGUUCUCGAUUUUGACAGUGACAAUCGCUCGUACUUCCAACGAUACGUCCGAGGUGGUCCCAACAGAGUGCAUUCGUUUAAACUUUUCAAGCUGAACUAUAUCCAGAAAAUUUCCAUUUUUGAACCACUCAUGUUUACCGUGGAAGUUUAUCCCAACGGACGCGUGACAGUUAAGAUUGACACGGAGCGAUAUCCGUUCAUAGACGUAACCGAUGCAGGGGUUUCCGCAAAGUACGUCGGGUUUGCCAACUGGGACGCGAACGAUAAGGCUGUAUUUUUCGUGGAUUGUCCUUUAGUUGAUUGA